AUGGGCAACGGGAACCAAACCAAGGCUUCUGGAUUUAUUCUCUUGGGCUUCUCCACCAAGACGGGAAACCAGGGGGUCCUCUUCCCCCUCUUCCUCUCCAUUUACUUACUGACUGUCCUGGGCAACCUGAUGAUCAUCCUGCUCAUCCGAUCUGACACCCGCCUCCUUCACACCCCCAUGUACUUCUUUCUCAGCCACCUCUCCCUGGCAGAUCUUGGCUUUGCAUCCACUACUGUGCCCAAAGCUCUGGAGAACCUGCUGUCACACACAAAGACCAUCACCUACUGGGGCUGCCUGACUCAAAUGUAUUUCUUUGUGGCAUUUGGUAUCACUGACAGUUUCCUCCUUGCCUCCAUGGCCUAUGAUCGCUAUGUGGCCAUUUGCCACCCACUCCAUUAUUCUACGUUGAUGGGCCACAAGCGCUGCCUCCUACUGGUGAUGGGCUCCUGGUUGCUGGCUCAUCUCCACUCACUGGCUCACACUCUUCUGAUGGUCCGGCUCUCCUUUUGUGCUUCCCGAGAGAUCCCCCAUUUCUUUUGUGAUGUCCAGCCUCUGUUGCGCCUCUCUUGCUCCUCCACCCAGCCCAAUGAGCUCCUGGCCUUCACUGAGGGCUCCUUGGUCAUCAUGGGCCCCUUCCUCUUCAUUGUGGUCUCCUAUGCCCUCAUCCUGGUAGCCAUCUUGAAAGUGCCCUCAGCUGCUGGGAAACGCAAGGCCUUCUCAACCUGUGGUUCUCACUUAGGGGCAGUGUCAUUGUUCUAUGGCACUGUGAUAGCAGUCUACAUCAGGCCCUCCUCAAGCUACUGCAUCGCAAAGGACCAGGUGGUGGCAGUCCUCUAUACCAUGGUUACCCCAAUGCUCAAUCCCUUUAUUUACAGUCUGAGAAAUGAGGAUGUGAUGGGGGCAAUGAGAAGGGGCAUAAAAAGACUACGGAAAUAG